GGAUUCAUGAUCACCGUCUUCCUUGUUUUUCUUUCGGUCGUCCUUUCUCCAUCCUCUUUCAAUCGUGACGACAUUCAGAGCGUAUCGUCAAUUUUCACUUUUCUCAUAUCUCCUUAAGCAGUCGACACCGCUCCAUUGCCAGUCUCGUGCCUGCAGACGUGCUCGACGUCGAUCGACCCGCUUAGCCCUUGGACACUGAACGCAGCAAAGAGAAGGCGUCUUUAGCGACAGAUUGCUGGAUAGCAGAUAGCCACGAUGCCGGCAGCAACUGAAGGGCCCACGGUGGCUCUCUCAUUUGCCAACAAUUUCUGGGGAAAAGAAGAUGCGGGUGUCACGCCCAUGCUUGAGCGUAUGCAUGCUGCCAAGCAGACUUGUGACGAACUUCGCUCAUUCUAUAAUGCACGAGCAUCGAUCGAAGAAGAAUAUGCCCGCAAGCUGCUCUCACUAUCCCGCAAAGCACUAGGCUCUCAGGAGAUGGGAACACUGAAGACAUCACUGGACACACUCCGUGGCGAGGUCGAGGGCAUGGGAAAACAGCAUCAGAACAAUGCCGCCCAGAUGAGGUCGGAACUUGAGGAGCCUUUAACGGCCUUCGCUGGAGGUAUGAAGGAGCGACGGAAGAUCGUGCAGAACGGUAUCGAGAAGCUCUUGAAGACCAAGCAGCAGCAGACCCAGCAGGUUAACAAGACCCGGGAUCGGUACGAGCAGGAGUGUCUUAAGAUCAAGGGCUACCUCGCACAAGGCCACAUGGUCAUGGGCCAGGAGGAGCGCAAAAACAAGGCGAAGCUCGAGAAGACCCAGAUCAGCCUGGCCACUUCGAACCAGGAGUACGAGAAUGCUGUCAAGGCCCUAGAAGAAACCACUGUAAGGUGGAACAGGGAGUGGAAGGCUGCAGCAGACAAGUUCCAGGACCUCGAGGAGGAGAGGCUCGACUUUACCAAGAGCAGCCUCUGGACCUUUGCCAACAUCGCAUCCACCGUCUGCGUCAGUGAUGAUGCAUCAUGCGAGAAGAUCCGUCUCUCAUUGGAGAAGAUGGAAGUUGAGAAGGACAUUAUCCACUUCAUCCGUGACAAGGGCACUGGCCAGGAGAUCCCUGAUCCACCGAAAUACAUCAACUUUUGUCGAGGGGAUGUAGACGCACAGUCCGAGAUCUCUGAGGACGAGGCUUAUUCUGUGGCACAAUUCCCUCGGAGCAUAAAUCCUCUUUUCCGAUCCUCGUCACCACAACCCUCCACCUACGAAUCUCACCACGACCCGACAUCUGCUCUGGCCCGAGAGCUGGGCCAUGGGGUUGUCGGAACACCUCCCGGGAGGGAGCAGGCAGUCACAUCCCAAAAGGCACCAAAGGACACUUCCAGAGAUUCUCGGGAAUUCCAGAGACAAAUCCAGCCACCAGAGGUGAGUGAUGUUAAAGCGGACGAGGCAGCUGUCAAUGUCAUAUCUUACGAGGCGCGAAGGGAUUGUCUCUGCCUUGCAUCUCCAGGACGACUUUGGCCGCUGCUGCGUGACGAUAGGAUGCAACAGAUAACUAACGUUAUGCAGUUCGACCCCAACGAGUUCGCACCUGUUCCUCACGACCCCUAUCCCAUGGACGGCAUGACGAUGCUCUGCAGGCCUAACACUCAUAACGGCUCGGACCUAGGGUCUCAGGUCAGCGCAACUUCAGUCUCCGACCGACCGACCAGCAGAGAUGAGCGCAGCGAUUAUUCCUUCUCUAGCCACGAACCGACGAGUGGAGCUGUCUCGCCUGUUAAGCAGGACCCGGUGAUGUCCCCAGUCUCGCCCGCGCAAGAGAGAGACAGGAAGGUGCUGAAGAAGAAGAGCGGCUUCUUCCAGAACCACAGCCCCUUUGGCCGACGCAAGAGUAUCAGGGACCCGAAAGACCUGUCAGGAAACAGCAGAAACACCUGGCAUGGCGGGAACAGCAAUCCUGGUCCCAACCGUCAGUUCCAUGCAGGCGGAUCAAGCCAAAGUUUGUUGGCCGAUAGGGCAACUGCCAGCCCCGAUCCGAUCGAUGCUAAUGCUGAUGUUGCAAUCAAUGUUGGCGAUAAUGUGCUCCCCGUAAAGCUGCCAGGCCGGCAGAAGCCCGCCGCCGAACCAGAACCUCAGGAUGACGACCCAAUUGCACAGGCACUGGCAGAACUGAAGGGCGUAGCCGUCAACAAGCAGUCGACAGUUCGCAUGUCAGCGGAUCACUACCACGGCAUCGCGACUCCCGCUCCUGGCGCCCAGCCAUUCUCAAGAUCAGCACCCAUUGGGGGCCCCAGCAAUGCGGCAGCUGGGAUGCGAGGGACGCCACCGCCCUCUUAUGACCAGCCACCCCAACGACUGGGUGUUCCGUCCCCUGCAGUCACCUCGAGAGCCAUGAAGGAGACGUCGCAGAAAUAUACCCAAGGGACACGGAAUCUUUUCACUGGAGAUCGGCCUGGAUCUGGUAAUUAUCGAUCGUCUUCUCGUCCAGCUACUCGUGGCAAUGAUAUGCCCCGAGCCGCGUCUCCGGCAGCGCCGAGAAGCGCGUCUCCCAGACCGGGUAUGUAUCAGGAAUCCGCGUCACCGAAUACGUAUGCAAAUAGUCCACGCGGAAGCACGAAUUCUCGACAUGGCUCUGUCCAAAUGGACAACCAUUCAUCCCAGGGUUUCUACCGCCAAAACUCGCCGAACGAUAUGCCCCGUGCAGCAUCACCUGCGCCAUUCCGUGGCGGAGGGGACUACGGGCGUCCUGCUAGCCGGGGCGACUAUGGUCGGCCUGCCAGUAGGGCUGGUAGUAAUCUUAGCAACGGCCACCCUGAUAUGGCACGAGGAAUGUCACCAGCGCCGACAGACGAUGGCUAUAGCGGCUCUAUGAGAGGCCGAGGCGGGCGGCCUGGUACGAGCCAGGGCAACCGAGGCAUGAGCCUCUACGAACCUCAGGGGCAAAUCGCGCCGACGUCAAGACAGCGCAGCAAGAGCGUUGCGGAUAGUGGGAAGCAUUACACCAAGGAUGGCCGGCCAGUUCUGCAUUUCGCACGUGCAAUGUAUAUGUACCAAGCCGCAAUCCCCGAAGAACUCGGUUUCAACAAGGGAGACAUCCUCGCCGUGCUCCGCCACCAAGACGAUGGCUGGUGGGAGGCCGAGGUCCACAGCGCGAACGGCCACAGCGGGCUGCUCCCAGUCGCAACACGCCACAGAAUGGAUCUGGUGAGCAGCGGCGCUGAGACGCUGCGCUCUGGGUACAAUGCUACGACAUACACGGCGGGUAGCAUUUGGGGUGCUCUGACGAGCAAGACGGCCCAGCGGACCGCACUGACGAGUGUGUUGCUGGGACUGGUCUCGACAUUCCUCCUUGGAUGCGCGGCAGUCUCGUAUCUGGCGUUCUAUCAUGAGUAUCUUCCCGAUCAGGUCACGACGUUGCCGGUGCAUUUACAAUAUGGAUAUGAGGUCAAUCCCUACGGCCUUAUUACUCUCGCAGACAAGAAGUUUGGCGAUUACCAGGACUACGACAUCUCCGUCACGCUGAAUCUCCCAAACUCACCCGCCAACCUCGAGCGCGGCAACUUCAUGCUCGCACUGCACCUCCUCGAUAACCAACCCGGUGACAGCAGCCGUGUCAUAUUACCAAUGACGAAUCCAGUGCGCGUCCUGGAGGGGCGUAAUAUUCUCUACACCUCGACGCGUCCGGCUAUCGUGCCCUACACGGAUCCGCUGGUCUCCCUCGCCUCGCGACUGCUGUUCCUCGCCUAUCAUGUCUUCGUGCCGGCAUCCGAGACCACUAGGCUGGUGGUCCCGAUGGUGGAGCGCCUGGAGUUCAGGCCUGGCACCAUGAUGCCCACCACGCUCGUACUAGACGUCCAGGCUGGCCAGACGCUGCAGGUCUACAGCGCCUCUGUGACCAUCACCGCACAGCUGCACGGACUACGGUGGUUUAUGCACACGUGGUGGAUCACGUCUUUCCUCCUCUUCACCGCGCUCUUCUGGCUCUGGGAGGUCUUUUCUCUCGGUAUCACUAUUCUCAUCCUCCGUCUCAUCUUCAACGGACACCGCGAAGACCGCAAGGUGAAGCAGGAACAGACAAGUCAACCUCCGCAGAAGAUCAAGAGGGAAGGUGACUCCAGCGGCAAGACUCUUGACGACGUCCCUAUGACGUUUCCGACAUCCUCACAGCAGCCGCCUCUGCGCUACGACCCGGAGCCGGCUCACACCAACGACGUGACGGCGUCCACGCCGCAGGCAGAUAUGCCGCCGGCCGCGGGCGUGGAGGCGGAUGAUGAGUAUGAGGAUGCCGGUGUGGAUGCCGGUGUGGACGAGUAUGGUGAGGACGAAGGACGGGACUCGGGAAUUGGAACGAGCUUUAGCGAGAGGGAUGGGCCGGGGACUUUGCGGAGGAGGGCGUCUGGACGGCGAAAUGAUUCUUGA